CGUAGUUUCAGAAGAAUGAUCCAGAUGGACGGGUUGGGGGAGACCGAGGUGGUUGAUGUCACCAUGCACAUGGUGGCUCAGGAAAGACACUUCCAGGAUAUGAAUAAAACCUUCUGGGAGUUUAGAGAGAAGAAUAUGUAUACAGAUUUAAUCAUUAUUUGCAAGGAUGGGAGUAUCCCGGCACAUUCAGCAGUCCUUGCCAGAUUCUUCUUUCAGUAUGAAAUAGGAUUCAUACCAGAGGAGGAACCACAAACCGUCCUGUUUCCAGACUGUUCAAUCGACGAGAUACUUCUUGCGCUACUGGAAACUUAUGCAUCUGGUUCCAUUGAACCCUGGUAUACUCUACUCUGUACCCGGAAUAAACCUAAAUUAAAAAGAAAACGGAAACCGGAGCAAGCACCGCAGCUCAUCCUAGUCCCCCAGCAUAAAGAAGAAGCAAGGAUGGUGAUAAAACCUGAUAUUUGCGGAGAUGAAGAUAUGCCGGAAAUGGAAUUGAAAGAUCUGGAAGAGGAGGAGGAGGAGGAGGAAGAGGAGGAAGAAUAUUCUCCAAAACAGAAGAAAAGACGAAAACCUCGACUAAACAAGGAGAUGGAGACUGAUGGAAAAGUGUUCAGGUGUGAAGUAUGCCAUUACUCUGCAUCUUCGAAAACUAAACUUCAAAUACAUAACAAAAACAAACAUCUUAGGCAAAACAAGUACUCUUGUGCACAAUGUGAAUAUCAGGCGAACAAACAGAACGAUAUGAAGAUACACUUGAGAACCGAGCACGGUAUAGGAGGAGAAGGACGGAGACAUCACUCCUGCUCCCACUGCCAGGAGUUUUCAACCUCGAACAAGAAACUGCUGGACCAGCAUAUCAUUGAGAUGCACAAGAACGUGAGAAAGUACCACUGCGACCAGUGCAACUACUCCAGUAACUACCUAAACAAUUUUCAGCGGCAUCAGAAAGCGCAUCUUGGUAUCCCGGGAAACUUUCAAUGUUCGCAAUGUCCGAAAGCCUUCUACGUUGAAGCGAAACUGCGGAGUCAUAUGCUUGUACAUUCAGAGGAUAAAAACUUUGUUUGUGAUGAGUGUGCCGCAAAGUUUAAACGAAAAGACGAUUUAAAAGUGCACAUGAAAAUCCACUUACCCGACGACAUCCGUGCCAUUGAAAGAGAAAAGAAACUAACCAAGGUUUGUGAAACUUGCGGGAAAAAGUUUGAAAAAAAUUGGAAAUUAAAACGUCACAUGGUUGUGCACAAUAAGGAGCCUGGUAUGGAUAAAACAGCUCCGAGGUGGCAGAGCACCAAGGGUAUCACUAUCCCAGAGUAUAUCGUCCUAACCGCGGAUUCUAAGGCCCUGGAGGAGAAGUUUAUCGUCCCUGAAAGGAUUUCUGAAUCCAAGUUUAUUGAAACCGGAGAAACCAAGUUUAUGACCUCGGACGGAAAGUUUCUCUCUGGAGAGAGAAUAGUUUUUAAUCAGAUUCAUUUCUCUGAUUCAUAGUUAAUGUGUCAACAGGUUGAGAACAAAAUAGAAUGCGUCAUAAAACUGUAAUUUAUAACUCCGCGAUGUCGACUUCACAAUAGCCUGUAGUGUA